UGUAUGUCAUUCCCCCACGGUGAUCAAAACUGUGCUCAUUCUCCCAAGCUGUGUUCUAACAAGGGUCGUGUGAGUUUCUAGCAAAAGCCCUCUGGUCUUAUAUGAAAUGAAUCGUCUAAUCGCGACAUGGGUCGCAGGAUGCAAAUCCCAUCUAUUUAAACGUGAAUGUGUGUGGUAACAUUAUUUCCAUUUUAGUGGUACAGUUGCUGAGCGAAACGAAGACGUCAGUUGAAGAUAUUUCGAGGCUCGCUAUGGAGACAAGCGUUAAAGUUCAACGGUGCUGCACCUUGCCACGUGAACCCUGUCCUUUGAUGCCACCUCAAAUACCAGGUCCAAUUAUCUUUGUCGACAUGUGGAUACCCUUCGAUCAAGCAUUGUAUUAUUUCUCAUCAACUCGCGGAACUUGGAAUGAAUCUCAAACUUCCUGUGCCUCUAUGAACUCCAACCUUGUGGUCAUUACCAGUUUAAGGGAGCUGGAAUUCCUCUUUCGGUCUCAACUCUUCGACAGCUGGAUUGGACUCCAUGACCGUGCAAGAGAAGGAACCUGGCGUUGGGUGGAUGGCACAGAUUAUGAAUCUAAUGCCAAGUUCUGGGGAUUAGGGCAACCCCAAGUAUCUCCGGGAAUAGAGGAAGACUGCGUUGUGCUAUCAGAACGUGGAACAUGGCACGAUUGGCCAUGCCGUUCCAUACAUCACCUCAUCUGCGAAAGACCAUUAACAAUGAUGUCUCAAUCCAUGGUACCUGGUGAUUAAAUUCGGCCAUGAAGCUCUUUGUAAAUCGAUACACCACGUACAUAGAACGGGCGGGCAGCAGUCUAGUACUGGGAUUGAUAAAGAAAAGCACGAUCAGACGUCUUCUGAUCACAUCUACCCCCUAAUCAUUAUAUCUGGCCCAAUGCUCAGUGCUCACAUUAAGCUUUGCUCUUUUAUCUCCACCCUGCGGCUCUAAAGACUCAAUACCCUCAAUAACCUUUGCUGUGAGACCAAGAUCCAAUAUUGCAGAAUAAAGCAACUUAAUCCCUGGUGCUUCCGCUCCCUCACGACGUCAUAUAGAAACAUAGAAAAUAGGUGCAGGAGUAGGCCAUUCGGCCCUUCGAGCCUGCACCGCCAUUCAAUAUGAUCACGGCUGAUCAUCCAACUCAGUAUCCUGUACCUGCCUUCUCUCCAUACCCCCUGAUACCUUUCGCCACAAGGGCCACAUCUAACUCGCUCUUAAAUAUAGCCAAUGAACUGGCUUCAACUGCAUUAUGUGGCAAAGAAUUCCAGAGAUUCACCACUCUCUAUGGGAAAAAUGUUUUUUCUCAUCUCGGUCCUAAAAGAUUUCUCCUUUAUCCUUAAACUGUGACCCCUUGUUCUGGACUUCCCCAACAUCGGGAACAAUCUUCCUGCAUCUAGCCUGUCCAACCCCUUAAGAAUUUUGUAAGUUUCUAUAAGAUCCCCCCCCAAUCUUCUAAAUUCUAGCGAGUAGAAGCCGAGUCCAUCCAGUCUUUCUUCAUAUGACAGUCCUGACAUCCCAGGAAUCAGUCUGGUGAACCUUCUCUGUACUCCUUCUAUGGCAAGAAUGUCUUUCCUCAUAAUUAGGAGACCAAAACGGUAGGCAAUACUCCAGGUGUGGUCUCACCAAGACCCUGUACAACUGCAGUAUCCGGCAAUUUAGAACCAAAGCUCUCCUGGGAAGUCCUCUAUUCACAAUGCUCUUUCGUAACUGUAUUCUCCAGCGCUCUCCUUUGAUGGAUAUAUAUACAUCUGUCUAGUUCCCGAUACCGCUGGCACUCGGUGCUCGCUCUGACAGCACAAGGUUCCGCUGUCAUAAAACAAGUCUGGUUGAUAGCGUAUCCUCUCCGUACACUCCUCUCACUUCCCUGUAACCACCCACCCUCCCCCGCCUCAACCCCUCGCCUCACCCCCC